AUGGAAGAAGAGACGAGAAAAUGGAAACAAGCUUUAAUUGUCUAUGUAGUUGGAAUUACACCAUCAAUAAUUGGAACCAAGGAGCGAUUCAUCGAGGCGGAAUUUACUGCUAAACCUAAGAUCUAUUACCAUAAUGAGGGAUAUUUCAUUGUAAGGUUCAAUUCAAUGGCGGAUAGGGAUGAAGGAGCUAGAUCUCUGAGCAGAAUUAGUAGUGGUCUAGGGAUUCCAUUGUACGCAGAUGCAUGCACUACUCAGUUGGAUCGAAUUACCUAUGCGCGAGUUUUGAUUAAAAUGGAUAUAACAAGAGAACUCCCAAAAUCCAUCAGAGUAACAGAUCCAAAUGGAAGAGUGUUUAAUCAAAGUGUAGCCUACGAUUGGAUGCCAGAAUUCUGUCAAAGCUGUAGACAAAUCGGGCAUAGCUGUGGAAAGGAUGAACAACAGAUGCAAAAGACUAAGAUAAAACAGCAAAAGCAGAGGCAAGAGUGGAUGCCAAAAGAAAGGAGCAAUGACAAGAUAGACCAAUCAAUAGCUGUUAAGAACAAUCAACAGGCAAAGGGAACAACCAGUACAAAGGAGAACUCAAAUGCAAAGAUUGAUAGUGAAAAAGGUGAGCUGAACUGGACAAAGGCUACAGGGAAGUCUAUAGCUAGAAACAAGGAGAAAAUGGAAGAGGAUGCAAUUAAUACCCUGAAUGGUUUUAAUAUACUAGCAGAAUCAGGAUUACAACUAUUACAGCUAAACCAAUUGAGAGAGGGUUCGAGUAGACAAAGGAGACAGGAGGAGGUAGAAGGGGGUUCACAUGGCAUAUUCAUUCCAGUAUGA